UUUUGGGGCAACGGUUCCCAAUCACUUCACAAACUGAAGAGAAGCACGUUGUUGUUUUUGCAACUGGCAGAGACGGGAAAGCAACAUAGAUCAAGCAAGCUAAGGAAGCGUCGGUUUCCACAGAAAGGGAUGGCGUGGGGGAGCAAGGGAGCGGCGUUUGCCAUGUGCAGCAGAAGCAUUUGUUAGCCUGUUCCAUUAAUUUCUCAACCCAUUUCGCCAUCUUAUAUGUGACCGUUUUCUUUUGUCAUUUUGCUUGCUUUAAACCUCCAUUUGCAGGGAGAGGCUGCAUCUGAUGGACGUUGAUAAUCGGCUUUAACAUAUUGAAUUCUUGGACUUUAUGUGAUUAUCCAUGAUAUGUUUAAGUCGAUUGGUGUUAUUUUAGGGCUCGCUAACCCGAAAAUGGUUGAAAAACCACUACUGCCUAGUGCCAUGAGUUUGAUGUAUUACAGGUGAAGAAAGCACAAAAAAAUGAGAAAUUGUACGGGCAAACAAUCGGGCUCGAAUCAUUGGUGGAAUAACAAUUGGACCUAUGAGGAGCUUAGUGCGUUGAAACUUCUGGACCGGGACGAAAUUAAUGAGACUGAGAAGUUUAAUUAAAGGUGGACUUAAAGCCCACAAAAACUUGAUUUUGUAGGCGAGAAGUCUUGGGUGGAAUUAAUGGGCGGAACAGCAGGUGGGCAUUUGAUUUUUGGCCCAGGUCCGUGGCAAUUGAGAGGACGGAAUCAAUUUGGAGAAAAGCGAAGGCAAUAAAAGGCUGAAGGUCUCUGGUGGCGGAAAUUUGAGGAGAAGAGAAAGGCAGUGGGCAGCGAGCAGCGAGCAGCGAGAACAGGCAAAAAGCGACGAGCAGCAGCAGGCGAUUGAGAAUUUCGAUCGACUUCUUCAAGGCUUGAGCUGAUUUCAACGAGAGCGAUUAAUUGGUUGGAUUCUCUGAACCAAUUUAGUUGUUUUUUUUGUUGAUUUAGAACAUGAUGAACAAAACCCUAUCGAUUUAUCUUAAUUUCGUCAUGAACUAAACCCCAAUUUCUGGGGGAAACACCAUAGGAUGUAGCUAUUUCUUGAUUUGAUGGAUUGAUUCAUGAUUCUUUUCUUCCAAUCUCUAUUGCAUGAAAUUUCUUAAUGCUUUGUGUUGACUGGCCACCAAUACAACGAUUUGUAGUUAAUUAGGUUAUUAGCGACAGUGAAAUCCUAUUAACCGAGCCUAUUUCAUGUGACAUAGUAACUUAUCGAAGCGACAGUGGAUUAAAUAAGGUGCUAUGCUGUCUUAAAUAGGAUAUCGAUCUUCAGGCUAUAUAGUUAAUUCAUUGAGCUACGACAGUAGGAUUUGAAUUAAUUGUUUAGUACGUAGUAAUUCCCGACAGGGAUAGCUAGCACAUUCGUGAUAUCCUGGCUGUAGAGAUAUGGAUUAAAUUGAUUGGAAUAUGUGAAUUAAUCUGGAUAGGAUAGGUAGUGAAUCCCGGUGUUUCUCCCAGAGCUUUCUCCCAUUGAUUUAAACCCGACACUUUAAUUUGCUUGUUUAGUUAAUUUUGCUAGUAGUUAAUAAUCUCAUUAAAUCAUUUUCACCUAUAGUUUGCUCUAUUAAAUCGGUAAAUCUUAAGGUUGUACCAGUCCCUGAGAGACGAUACCCGGACUUUCCGGUUUACUACAAGAUAGGAAUUGAAGCUAUACGCUUUUGCCCUAUCAAGUUUUUGGCGCCGUUGCCGGGGACUGCCAUACCUUAUUUUUGUUGAUUUUUGUGAGUGAACUAUUUUGAUCUGGGUGUUAGUGUGCAGAAGAAUUUUUCAGGUGUAUCCUCCUCGUGCAUGCCAAGGAGGACGACUGGCAAUUUACUGCCACUUGAUCCCGAGAUCGAGAGGACCUGCCGACAGAACAGGAAGCAGGUCAAGUUAGGGAAGCAGCCUACCACAUCCACAACUCCUAGGCCUUCCCUAACUCAGAAUCGUCAACCGAGAAGGCAGGUGACGCCACCUGUCAUCCCUACACCACCGCCGCGUGUCAUCGAGCCUGUCAUCAUGGCAGAACAGGAUCGGUCGAUCAGGGCUCGUCUGAAUCGGAGGACUGGAGCCCGAGCUUCAUGUGUUGUCAUUCCGGCUGGGGAUGCAAACAUGGAGAUUGCCCCAGCCUUCAUCAAUAUGAUCACUAAUGGGUACACCUUCUCAGGGGCCAGCACCGAGGAUCCUCAUGAGCAUCUUCGCCGGUUCGCGAGCAUUUGUGAUACUAUGAAGAGCCCGAACGUGUCUGAUGAUACAAUCCGUCUUCGGAUGUUCUCAUUUUCUCUGCUAGGGAAUGCAUCACACUGGUUCCAAAACUUAACACCCCGUUCCAUCACGACAUGGGGUCAGCUUGAGAAGGUAUUUCUGGAUAAAUACUUCCCACCUGCCUUGGCAAUGAAGAGGCAAGAAGAGAUUGUUACUUUUAAGCAGACUGAUGAUGAGAGUCUGACUGAGGCAUGGGAGCGCUACAAGGGGCUGUUGAUGAGAUGCCCAAGCCAUGGUCUUGAAGAUUGGAACGUGAUCAUUAUUUUCUUCAAUGGAAUCAGAAGGGAGUUUCGAGAUGCCCUGAAUAAUGCUUCUCGAAAUGGUUUCACAAGCAUGGAGGCACCAGCAGCAUAUGAUCUGGUAGAGAAGAUCUGUUCAGAAGCCACUGAAUGGGGUAGUGAGACCAGUAUUCGAAGGAGAGGAGGCUUGCAUGAGAUAAACAGAGUUGCGAGUCUAGAAGCCAAGAUAGAUGCUAAACUGGAUUCCAAGUUUGAUGCACUCGAACGAAGGUUGGCCAAGAUUGCUCUGGGUAGACAAGAGGAGGUUGUUUCAUGUGAACUUUGCGAGGGUCCUCAUCACAGGGAUAUGUGUCCACUGAGAGCUGCUCAGCUGGAAGAUGUCCAAUACAUCAAUAAUCCGCGAAGUCAAGGCCAGGGUGGUAUGUAUUCAAAUACAUAUAACCCUCAAUGGAGACAUCACCCCAACAUGUCAUGGUCAAAUAAUAAUCCAGCUGGUGUUCGAAACAUCCCACCUCCCGGUUUUCAACAGCAGCAGCCUCAACCAGAGAAGAAGCCCCAGCUGGAGGAGUUGAUUUUGGCUCAUAUGCAGAAAACAGACAAUAAUUUCAAGGGUCUGGAUCAAUUUGUCACUCAACAGCUAGCCAUCAACAAUAAUUUACAAUCUUCUAUGCUAGCUAUGGAAAGGCAAAUAGGCCAGAUGGCUCAAACUUUGGCAGAUAUGCAAGGCAGGAUUCCUGGGACAUUACCAGCAAAUACUGAGAGGAAUCCGAAGGAUGCCAUGGUUGUAGCAGUGACAUUGAGGAGUGGAAAGGCCUUGGAAGACCCUAGCAGCUCAAAAAAUGCACCAGAGGCAGAAGAGGAAGCACCGGGAGAAAGAUCUUGUGCAGAAAAUGAAGAAUCAGCCUUGCACAGGCAAAAUGAAAGCGGUUUGCCUGUGCAAAAGCAUGCUGCCCGUGUACCUCAAAAAGUGGAAAAAUUGAAGAAUGAAGAGGUAAAGCCUUAUGAACUUCCCGCCCCAUUCCCUCAAAGGUUAAUGAAGCCCAUGGAAGACCCAAACUUCAAGAAAUUUGUGAAUAUCUUCAAGCAACUUCAGAUUAACAUACCCUUGGCGGAGGCACUUGAACAGAUGCCUACAUAUGCUAAAUUCUUAAGGGAGUUGUUGACAAAGAAGUGGAAAUGGGCUGAUCUAGAGAAGGUAACCCUUACUUCUGAAUGUAGUGCUGUGAUUCAGAAUAAAUUACCAGAAAAGAGGGAUGAUCCGGGAAGCUUCACCAUUCCAUGUGUCAUUGGAGGUACAGAAUUCAAUAAAUCACUUUGUGAUCUUGGAGCAGGAAUUAAUUUGAUGCCAUACUCAGUCUACAAGAAAUUGGGAUUGGGAGAUGUUCUAAAGCCUACUCGGAUCACUCUCCAAUUGCCUGAUCGAUCAGUGAAAAUUCCAAAAGGAGUGGUGGAGAAUGUAUUGGUGAAGGUGGGAAAGUUUAUUCUCCCAACAGAUUUUGUAAUCCUGGAGAUGGAAGAUGAUCGGGGAGUGCCUCUAAUCCUCGGCAGACCUUUUCUAGCAACCGGUGAUGCACUCAUCGAUGUUGGGAGAGGCAAGUUGACAUUCCGAGUAGGUAAGGAGGAGGAAAUUUUUAAUGUCUUUCAAGUUGACCAUAAUCAUGAUGAAUUUGAAAGUGAAGCUCGAGAAAGGAAAAAUCCCUCUUCCUGUGAUAGUGGACCAUCCGAAGAACUAUCACCUAUCCUAUCUGCUCAGAUUCUGAAAUCAAAGCAAGGGCAGAAAUCCUUGCCAGGUCACCUCAAGUAUAGAUAUUUGGGUAAGGAUUUCAAUAUUCCUGUUAUUAUUCCUUCUUCACUGACAUUGAAACAGGAAGAGUACCUGCUUGAGGCGCUGCAGUACCACCUACGCCUCACUAAAGGGUCUAACAUGCCAGCUAAGAAGGUCAUACCCAAUUUUCGCACACCUGGCCCUGCAGAGGUGACUCAUAUGCUGGAUGGAGGUUAUGCGUUCUAUCAUUGCUCGGGAGGGUACGCUGGAUACCUUUCCAUACCCAUUGGUUGAAAGCUCCAUAAACGUCAGGCUGAGGACGUUAAACAAGCGCUUCUUGGGAGGCAACCCAAUGUAAGUUUUCUUUUCUUUAUUUUUUAUUUUUAGUUGUGUCAAACCCGUGCAUGUUUAGAUUAGGAGUUGAACAUUAGGGACAAUGUUCCAUCCUGAGUGUGGGGUGGCGAGUCUUAGUGUUUGUUUGUUCCUUUUGUCAUGUGGUCGGUAAAAAAAAAAACAAAAAAAAAAUUGCCAUUAGGUUGAGCACAGCCAAACUGCAUGCAGUUUGCCUGUGUAAAAAGCAGUCUGCCUGUGUAAAAAGCAUGCUGCCUGUGCAAAGCUAAUGGCUAAAAAACACCUAAAAAUCAGAAAAAUCAAAAACAAAACCUUGUACUCUUGUGGUAACAUGAUGUAAAUGACCGUGAUGCCUUGAAAAUGAGUUUGUGCUUGAAGGAAAUCAUCAAAAUCACCCCACUAGUGUUGAAUUGCAUGGUUCUUCACAAUGAGCUUAAAUGUUUUGACUGACUUGAUAUGCUUGGAAUGAGCAACUCUUUUAGCAACAUUCUCUUUUGGGAGGAUAGUGUAAUGACUUUUGGUGAAGUAGUUAGGUGGAGAACAUUGACCAUUCGAUAUGUUUGGAUACCGUGCUUACUUGCAUCAAUUGUGAGCUUUUGAUUUUGCAAUGAGUCUCUCUGUUUUGAAUGUUUUAUGAUGGGGUGAACUGUAUCUUUAUAAAAUGAGAAAACACUACCUGACAAGUAAAAUAUAAGAAAGUUGCCAUAACAAUUAAAAUGUGGGUAAAAAUGCCAAAAUCGUGUGAGGCAAUCACUCAUUGCACAUGGGGAUGAGGAAAGAUUCAAUUGAGAAUCGGUUCGCGACCGUACGAUGUUGCUUAUCAAGUACGAUCCCCAGUAGAGUGAAGUGCCAUUAGAGUGUGAAAUGACCCUCCACACGGACCGAGGAUAAGGAGUUAAAAGAAGCCCUUAUGCGAGUGCUAAGAAGCAGAAAUUGCUCUUGCUCGGUCACAGGUAGUAAGAAACAAAUCCCACUUGUACUAAAUACGACUUCUCGGCAAGCAAAAGCAGAAAGAGAGAAAGCCUCUCCUUGUCAUAAAAGGUAGUGAUGUGCUUAAAAUUAAAAUCAUGUUUGCGAAAGGCGUCCCCCGUUAGUUUUUGAGACUCAUGCUUAAUUAAUUGUUUAUGAUUGGUGUGAGUAAGCCAGACUGUCCUCACGAGAUAUGCACCUCACUGAUGUGGUUAGAUUCUCCUAAUAACUGUUGCACCAUAAGUUGUUAAUCACCCGCUACUGACGACCUGAAUUGAGUGUUGCUAUUUGAGUUUUUGAUGGAUUUGAGUUAGUCAAUGGUAAUGGUUGCAAAGAACUUGAGUGUGGGGUGAUAGGUAUGACCAUCAAAGCACAACUUGUCCGUUGAGAAAGAAACUACUGAUUACAACAAGAGUACAAGGAAAUUUUGUGUUUUGUUUUGAGUGUUUGAGUGUUGAGUCUGUGGUGUGUCAUUGUUUUGGAUGGUUUUGUGUUUGUGUUGUUUGAGUCGUUGCUUAGGGACAAGCAACAAUUGAGUGUGGGGUUGUGAUAAUCGGCUUUAACAUAUUGAAUUCUUGGACUUUAUGUGAUUAUCCAUGAUAUGUUUAAGUCGAUUGGUGUUAUUUUAGGGCUCGCUAACCCGAAAAUGGUUGAAAAACCACUACUGCCUAGUGCCAUGAGUUUGAUGUAUUACAGGUGAAGAAAGCACAAAAAAUGAGAAAUUGUACGGGCAAACAAUCGGGCUCGAAUCAUUGGUGGAAUAACAAUUGGACCUAUGAGGAGCUUAGUGCGUUGAAACUUCUGGACCGGGACGAAAUUAAUGAGACUGAGAAGUUUAAUUAAAGGUGGACUUAAAGCCCACAAAAACUUGAUUUUGUAGGCGAGAAGUCUUGGGUGGAAUUAAUGGGCGGAACAGCAGGUGGGCAUUUGAUUUUUGGCCCAGGUCCGUGGCAAUUGAGAGGACGGAAUCAAUUUGGAGAAAAGCGAAGGCAAUAAAAGGCUGAAGGUCUCUGGUGGCGGAAAUUUGAGGAGAAGAGAAAGGCAGUGGGCAGCGAGCAGCGAGCAGCGAGAACAGGCAAAAAGCGACGAGCAGCAGCAGGCGAUUGAGAAUUUCGAUCGACUUCUUCAAGGCUUGAGCUGAUUUCAACGAGAGCGAUUAAUUGGUUGGAUUCUCUGAACCAAUUUAGUUGUUUUUUUUGUUGAUUUAGAACAUGAUGAACAAAACCCUAUCGAUUUAUCUUAAUUUCGUCAUGAACUAAACCCCAAUUUCUGGGGGAAACACCAUAGGAUGUAGCUAUUUCUUGAUUUGAUGGAUUGAUUCAUGAUUCUUUUCUUCCAAUCUCUAUUGCAUGAAAUUUCUUAAUGCUUUGUGUUGACUGGCCACCAAUACAACGAUUUGUAGUUAAUUAGGUUAUUAGCGACAGUGAAAUCCUAUUAACCGAGCCUAUUUCAUGUGACAUAGUAACUUAUCGAAGCGACAGUGGAUUAAAUAAGGUGCUAUGCGGUCUUAAAUAGGAUAUCGAUCUUCAGGCUAUAUAGUUAAUUCAUUGAGCUACGACAGUAGGAUUUGAAUUAAUUGUUUAGUACGUAGUAAUUCCCGACAGGGAUAGCUAGCACAUUCGUGAUAUCCUGGCUGUAGAGAUAUGGAUUAAAUUGAUUGGAAUAUGUGAAUUAAUCUGGAUAGGAUAGGUAGUGAAUCCCGGUGUUUCUCCCAGAGCUUUCUCCCAUUGAUUUAAACCCGACACUUUAAUUUGCUUGUUUAGUUAAUUUUGCUAGUAGUUAAUAAUCUCAUUAAAUCAUUUUCACCUAUAAUUUGCUCUAUUAAAUCGGUAAAUCUUAAGGUUGUACCAGUCCCUGAGAGACGAUACCCGGACUUUCCGGUUUACUACAAGAUAGGAAUUGAAGCUAUACGCUUUUGCCCUAUCAGACGUCGUUUUCUCGUCCAGUGUCAAGUGGUCACACGAUAGAUAAGUUGCCCACCCUGACUACUAUGAAUCUGGCUCACACACUAGCUGUCUCGAUGUGUGUAAUCAGUCGGAAUGCUAAUCCGAUCCAUGAGUCGGGAAUCAGAUAUGUAGUGAGAGAUGAAACUUUAAUUUCAUUCGUCCUACUCGAUUUGUUUGAUUUGUUUUGUGAGUGUAUAUUCGUCCCGUAGGAAGGGCGAGACAAAUGUGUGUACUCUUCUCAAUAUGAUCUAUCCUUCUUCUUUUUAUUUGUUUUGUCUAGAUUAUAUAUAAUUUUACUUAAAUUAAUUAGAGUUUUAAGUUAAAUAAAAAUCUCAAUUUCUAGAAUAAUCUAACUACAUUUAUCAUGUCAUAGUUUGCAUGCAUAGCAUAGCAUAUUGAUUGACAUGUCCCGAUCCAGCGGCGGAUCCAAGAUAGGAUAGAGUAAUGGGCCACAUUUGAAAAGAGAUGGAGAGUACUGGGUUCAGUCGCGGACCCAGGAAUUUUACAUAAGAGUGUCCUCUUUCAAAAAAUAAAGUAAAAUAAAAAUUAAAUAAUUAAUAAUUAAUAAAAAUUAUAUUCUUCUUUAGUAAGAAAAUACCCAACUCGUACAAGUUAAAAAAAGUUAAUGAUGUAUUUUCAUAUUCUAAAAAAAUUAUAAAAAAUACUUGGUGUCUACACUGGUCAAUAAAUUUGUCUCGGUAUAUCCUACUAGACAAUCAUUCACGAACUUACGCAUAUUUGACUUCUAAAUUUGUUCAUGAUGUAACUCAAAGCUGAAAAAACACUUUCAACACUUGUCGUACAACCAUAAAAUCAAUACAAAUUAAGGGUAGUUUGUAAUUAGAUUAAUUGUUAGGUUUUGAAAAUAAUUAAAGAUAGAGAAUAGGGUUUUGCCAAUGGGAAAGGUUGUAGCCUAAUGGAAAUUAUAUUUAUCAGUAAUAGUAGUGUCCCGGGUUUGAAUUACCCAAACUACCACUUAUAUUCUCAUACGCAAACUACGAACGAGAGUAGUAUAAUCGUUUAAAAAUUUUAGGGUGUCCCAGACUAUUAGUUAUAAUUUUUUUCGUCUACACGUAAAUUACCACCGGGGGUUGGAUAAUCGAUCUUCCAAAAUUUAGGGGUGUCCCAGGACACCCCUAAAUGCCCCCUAGGUCCGCCCCUGACUGGGUUGUAACCCGACGAGCACUGAAACGAAUACCUAAAAUUGAAAAUUUACGGUUAUAAUUUUUUUUUACACGUGCUAUACUAGCUCCGGAUCGAGAAAACGGCUAGACAGUGGCCCGGGGCGCCGCCCUGAAUCCGCCACUGCCCUAGAUGUAUUUGGUUGGAAUGCAUUGUAUUAGUCAUUUUCUUGUGCUUGGCGUGCAACCUAACUGCUGAUCGAUGGAUAAGUAGCCGGUAUAAAGUGUAUAACAUGGUGUUUACGUCUAUCUCAUCCAACCAGAAAGUAAAGAUUCAACAUGCACUAACAACACCUAACCUAUCCUCCCACUGUAAGCCAAUGGAGUGACCUGGUCUUUAUUCUUUUGUUGGAGAAGGGAGGGGUGGAGAGGGCACUAGGGUUGGCUAUACGGUCCGGUCCGGUUAAAUUGGACCAAAUUGAUUCGGUGUCAGUCCGGUUUUUCGGGAAUAUAAGGACCAAAGAUUUGAUUGGAUACCGUCCGGUCUUGAUUCGGUUCGGUCCCAAUUUUAUCUUGAUUUUAGGUGUUGGGGUCUCUUAUCCGGUCUUUAUCCGAUUUUUUAUCUCAAAUUUAAGCCCGAAUAUGAAAUUGCAUUGUUUGCUACCCGUUCCCAAUCCGGAUUACACGAUCCGGUUUCAGGUAAAACCAAACAGUCCGAAACCAAAUAGCCAGCCCUAGUGGGCACGGCACAAUAUGCAAGUUGGCCGAAUCUUGUAAUGACGUGCGGCGUAUCUCAUCCCGAUCGACACUGGCCGGGAAUAAAAACUUGCGCGGUGAGCAGUCAGUUCAGUACUGAAAAUAAAUACUGAUCUGAUCAGCCAAAUCGAAUAUCGUUUGACGUAUUGAACUACUGAAGGGGAAAAGGUCAAUCAUCGGAUCCCAUUUUCCAGCCAUGUUCUGGCGCAUGGAGGUGAAGUACUAAAAUAAAAUGUAUAUAGCACAGGUGGCUAGAAGAAAUGUAUAUAAAACUAGUGUUGUAUCCGGCCCGUAGGCCGGUUUGUGGUCAUUUGAGUAUUUUUUUUAGUUAAACGUAGGUGGUUCGAUUUAGUAUUGUGCACUAGUGGUACAAAAGAGUACUUUGAUAGUUUAUGUUUUUUUACUUUUUAGUGCCCGUUAACUUUAUAAUUUUAUUGAAUUUGUAUUUCAUUUUAUACUUAACUAUAAGAAGUUUAAGUUAGACAACAAAUGAAAUGAAAAACUAUCUGGAAUCUAUAUUCAUGCCUUGAGAUAUUAAACAUAACUGAAUAAAAAAAAUCAACAAAAUUUUUUAUCUUUGUUAUAUGUGAAUAAUGAAGUUUUGAAAAUUUUAUUACUAUUUUAAUUUAAAUAUAGUUGAUUGUCAUCUAUUGAAAUAAAAAUUAAAUAAUGUACAUAAUAUUACUAUAGAUGUAUUACAUUUAAAUAGUUUAAAGAUACAAAAAUUCGAGGAGAAAAAAAUGUGAUAUGGAAAUAGAUUAUUUGGACAAUUAUGUAAAGCAAAUAAAAAAAUAUUAGUAUAGAUGUAUUAAAUUUAUAUUUUUGAAAGAGACAAAAAUGAAAAAUAUUAGCAAAAGAAUAUUUUGACUUGAAAUGGCCCUUUUAAGUUAUUCAAUCAUUUGAACUUUAGGUAUCAUAAUUAAAACUUAACCUUUAACAAUAUGCUCAUAUUUUUAAAUAUUUUAUUGACUAUGUCCUAUAUUUUCAAAAGCGGAGCGAUUGUCGGAUGAAAAAUUUCAAUGACUCAUGAUUAAUGGUUUAUCAUUAUACAACUAUUUUUUAAUCGUUAAUGGAACUAUUCAGAUGUAAAUAACAACUUAGUUAGGUUGAAGAAUCAUUUAAGUUAUUCCAUUGGACCAUAUUUUACGUUUAAUAAUUUUCUAAUAAAAACUAUCUUGACUUUAAGCAAUUACAUAGAGUAAAAAAAUUGAUUUUUUUUUUGUUUGAUCUAAUUUGACACAAAUAUCGAGUCGGUACGAUAUGGAUCGAAUUAUUGUUUAACCUACGACUAAACAUACGAUCUUACCUUUCAAAAUUUAAUGUAAAAAUUAGACAUGCUAAUUUGAAAAUUAAAAGAAUUUAAAACAAUAUAAAUUGAUUGUAUUUUGCCAAGAUUUCCCGUCUUUCUUCCUCUUCAUGUUUGCCGAAAUCACUGUGAAAUUAAGAUUCUAAACUUUUGAAGGUUGAUGCUUGGUUUAUCUGUUUAACGUAAAACCCUAAUGCGGAAAAACCUAUUCCGAAGGAACCUCUUCCCAAACAUCCACGCCACAACGAUAUAUCAUCUUUAUCAUCUCAAAAUCCAAUUCGCAAGCAUUAUCUCAUUUAGGAGUUAAACAACUUUAGAUAGUCUCUGUUUUUUCCUUAACCACGCAAAAUAAAUCUACACAGAGCAAAAUUCAAAUAAUUAUUAUGUAGCAUUUACCUUAAAACAAAUCUUCUUUUUCCUUAAUCCUAAGCGCAUUUACUAAAAAGAAAACCAAAAGUCCAAUAAUAAUGAGUGACCCUUGAGUGUUUGAAAAAUUGUCAAAGUUGCCCUUCCACCAAAUAAGGAGAACCAAUCAAAGUGUAAGGUGGCAACAAUGACAUAGAGUGAAGUGCAUAAUAUAUUGUGUAGAUAAUAAAAACUAUCUUGACUUUAAGCAAUUACAUAGAGUAAAAAAAUUGAUUUUUUUUUUGUUUGAUCUAAUUUGACACAAAUAUCGAGUCGGUACGAUAUGGAUCGAAUUAUUGUUUAACCUACGACUAAACAUGCGAUCUUACCUUUCAAAAUUUAAUGUAAAAAUUAGACAUGCUAAUUUGAAAAUUAAAAGAAUUUAAAACAAUAUAAAUUGAUUGUAUUUUGCCAAGAUUUCCCGUCUUUCUUCCUUUUCAUGUUUGCCGAAAUCACUGUGAAAUUAAGAUUCUAAAACUUUUGAAGGUUGAUGCUUGGUUUAUCUGUUUAACGUAAAACCCUAAUGCGGAAAAACCUAUUCCGAAGGAACCUCUUCCCAAACAUCCACGCCACAACGAUAUAUCAUCUUUAUCAUCUCAAAAUCCAAUUCGCAAGCAUUAUCUCAUUUAGGAGUUAAACAACUUUAGAUAGCCUCUGUUUUUUCCUUAACCACGCAAAAUAAAUCUACACAGAGCAAAAUUCAAAUAAUUAUUAUGUAGCAUUUACCUUAAAACAAAUCUUCUUUUUCCUUAAUCCUAAGCGCAUUUACUAAAAAGAAAACCAAAAGUCCAAUAAUAAUGAGUGACCCUUGAGUGUUUGAAAAAUUGUCAAAGUUGCCCUUCCACCAAAUAAGGAGAACCAAUCAAAGUUCAAGGUGGCAACAAUGACAUAGAGUGAAGUGCAUAAUAUAUUGUGUAGAUAGAUGUAGAUAAGGUUGAGGGUAUUAAUGACUCAUUGGUUAAGUUUGGGAUUGAUUGUUGAACUUCUACAAAUAUAUUAUAGCAGAGUUGGGGACGGUUUUUCAGCAUUUUCGAAUUUUUUGCAACGAUAGCGAAAGUAAGAAAUGUAAUUGUGUCUUCACAAUCAUUAUUUAUUUUUCAUACAUAAAAAAACAUAAUCUCGGGAUUCAAAUUAUGGGUUUUUCAAACGAAGACAACAACCAUUACCAGUUACAUUAAAGAAAUAUUUUGUAUUGUUUUAAAUACAAAAUCUGAAAACCUAAAAUCUAAAAAUUGUAUGACUUUUUCACUAUUGUUAGUUUGCCCACUAACUCUCACAAAAUACUUUCUUUGUUUUUUGAUAUUUUAAUUUUUGUUAUUUUAAUUUGAGUUUAAUAGUAAAUUUAAUUUAUGUCCUCUUAUAAUUGGAGAAUAAUUUUAACAUUGCAACCCAAAUAUCAUUGAUUCGAAUAUUGCAUAUUGAAUGUGUAGAAAUGUAGAAUUUUAAAAUUGGUAUUAAUUUUUAUAACUAUUAAUGCAACGAUAUUGUUAUGCAAACUGUAAGUGACCAAUUUAUUGUAAGUUUUGGUUUGGUUAAUCAUUAAAUGCUAAAUUUCUUGAUAAUAUGGCCUGAUUGAAAAAUGGGUCAGUUUAAAAGAACACAAUUUAUGAAUACCAAUUUUUAUAGAUGAUUUCAAUAAGGUAAUUGACUAGAUGUAUCAUUUAUAAUUACUUAGUUUAAUAUGAAAUAACGCAGUACAAGACAAAUCAUGAAAGUCGGGUAGGAGUUUUCAUGGACGCGUUGACGGGGUCAUGUGCAUUAGCAAGGUAGGUACCACAAGAUAUAUUUUAUUUUUUUGUUGAGUGAAUAAGAUUGUCCUUCAACUAAAUAUAGAGUAUCUUGGUUGAUAAUUAAUUUUUUCAUUGCAUAGAGUACGGAUGGAAAAUGUUAUUUUCUUACUAAUUUUGUUAUUGUAUUGUGCAGAAUACUUUAAGGUUUAGAUAUUGCUAUAUAUGUAUUGUUUCUCAAGCAAAAUAAAUAAAUAUUGACUAAAGGUUAUCAUUAUGGGUUUCCUAUUUAUGCUAUGCUUUUUCAGACAAACUCUAUUUUUGUUAUGUCAAUUUUUUUUCCAACCAUAGACAACUAAGUAUUUACAUCAUUAAAUAGACAAGUUAUGAAUAGUUAUUCACAAGUGUUAUAACCAAGGUGUGUGGCACCUCUAUCAGGCGACUGGUUGGACUAUGUCCGACCAAAGUCCCGCUCCAAAACAAGGCUCUACAAAAUCAAGGGUUUGAUCGUUAGAGAGGGAGAAGAAGAGAGAGGCAAGGGGGAGGGGGGGGGGGGGGGGAGAUGCAAGGAGAUGGUGGAUGUAUAUUGAGAUAGAUAUGUUUUUUCUAUGAAAUUUGAAUAUUUGAGUUUUUAAUAGAUAUAAGUUAGUGCAUUCUAUUUCAAUCACUAAAUUUCUAUCUAUUGUGUAAAUAUAUUUAGAAAAGGUGUAAAACAACUCAAAUGAAUUGGACCUCAAUCAAACCAUUAAACUUCAAACCACUUGCUUGACCGACUCAACGACUUAACCCGGUUUGACAACUUUGGUUAUGACCAUUAAGAUUAUAAUGUUCACCAUAGAUGAAAAGUUAUAAGAAUUUCGGAAAUGAAAAAAUAAUUUUGAUGUCACCUUGAUGUCAUACGAAAUUUAGCAUUUCUAUUAAUUUAAAAAAUUUAAAUACACAUCAUAAAAAUAUUGUGUUCAAAUGAAAUUCGAACCAACGGGCCGGACAACAAGCUAGUUUUGAUAAUGAAAUUCAGUUUAGACUAAUGGGAGUGGGAGCUUCUUCUUUCGGGACAAGCAAGGCAGGUUUUUUUAUAAGGGUGAUAUAGGUUUUUGUCUUUUUAAGAUUAAAGUACUACUCAAGGGAUUUGAAGCUGUGACCUCCAAGUUCUAGGCUAGUAGUAUUACCACUAGGCCAAGCCUUGUUCGUAAGGUCGGUUUCUUCGUAGGCGUUUCCUCCAAGAGAUGCAAACAAAGUUGCACACCAUUUGGCCCAUAUCUACUUGGGCUAGGCCCAAAUUCUGUUAUGGUUUGUACAGUCCCUCGUGUUGCUUUAGUUGAUAUUUGUGUCGAAUGUAGUAAUGGCAAUGGGGCGGGGCGGGGCGGUUACCUCAAUAUUCAUGUCUCGCCUUAUGCUAUUACAAGUCGGGCGGGUAAAAUCCGUGCAGAUAUGGGACAGGGCGGAUCUACCCACUCUUACAUGUUAUUUGAAAAAAAUACGUACAACUUUUAGUUUUUACGAUCAAAUAAUUGAGAAAACACUUUAUGAACGAAAAAUAAUCAUAAUAGAAUGGAUAAUUGAGUCCAACAAGUUGAAAGAUAGACUCUAAGUUGUUGAAGAAAAAUCCAAAUAGGAGCAAUAUGUAUUGACAUUGUAGGAAAUUGAGAUAUAAUGGGUUAAAAAAGGGUACGGGCAGGUCGAAAGUAGACACCCAUGCCCCGACCGACGCUACUGCAGGUCAGGUCGGGUAAUACUCGCGGGGCGGGUUCAAAUUGCCAUCACUAGUUGAAUGAUGCAAUGGGUUGCUGUCUACUGAGCGUGUAUAAAAAAAGUUACUGGGCCAUUCUUCUGGUCGUUUGGAUCGGGUAAUGUGAUUUUUUACUGGCAAUGUGAUAUUUGACUCUAAAUAACAAGAAAUUUUACAAUGUUUUAAAGCAUUUGUGAUUUAGUUUUUGUUUUUAUGUUACAACUUGACCUUGUACUUUUAACGUUAUGGUACAAAUUCAGGUUGUAUAUAUACUGUUUUUUAUAAAUUCCUUUAUGGUACAAACUAAAGUUGUACAUGUAUGUUAUUGUACAAUUUGAAGUUGUACCAUAACAUAAAUGUUCAAAUUUCAUUAUGGUACAACUUCAAUAUGUACAUUUAACAUUUUGAUACAACUUCAAGUUGUACUUUAUGCACCAAUGCUUUAGAGCAUAAUAGAAGUGCUCCUAAUUAACUACUUUGGAGAAAAAAGAUGAAACAUUUUGCAAAUGUUAUUAUUUAAAUAACACAAACAUGUUAUUUGACAAAUAUUAAAACGAGGUUUGAUAUUUCCAAAUUAGGGUUUCAAAUGAGUCAAGCUACUCAUGAGCGGUUCGACGUUCGGCUCAGACAAAACAUGUUCUUCACUCGGCUCGUUACUAACAAGCCAAGUUUGAGCUAACCCUUGUUCGACUUGCAAGGCUCGUGACCCAGCUCGAUUCGGUGACUUGUUGAGCUCAACUCCUGAGCUAGCUUUAUUUUGAGCUAUAAAUUGACUCGACAAUAUGGCCAGUGAUGGCAAUUUCAACCCGCCCCGCGGGUAUUACCCGACCUGACCCGCAAUGGGGAGGGUAUUACCCGACCCGCAAUAGCGUGGGGCGGGACAUGGGUAUCUACUUCCGACCCGCCCUGCCCCGCCUCGCCCCAUUCUAAACUCAUUUUAUCUCAAUUUCUUACAAUUUCUAUACAUAUUUCUCCUAUUUUGACUUUUCUUCAACAAGUUAGAGUCGCUCUUUCAACUUGUUAGACUCAAUUACCCAUUCUAUUAUCACUAUUUUUCAUUCUUAAAGUGUUUUUCCCUUUGUUUUAUCGUAAAAAGUAAAAUUUAUUUGUAUUUUUUUCGAAUAACAUGUAAGAGUGGGUCGACCCGCCCCGCCCCAUAGUAGCAUGGGGCGGGGCAUGGGAAUUGAGGUACCCACCCCGCCCCAUUGCCAUCACUAAAUAUGGCUAGCGAGCCACCUCAACUAGAAACUUAUGAGCGAAUAGGUCAAUAGCUUAUCAUUGGAUUGUUGAUGAUUCAUAGGUUUGUGAGAUAGCAUAUCUCACCACAUAUUGUGUUUAAGAAUUCGAGCACAUUAUCAAAUAUGUCUCAUGUAUAAUUUAAAAAAGAAAUUAUAAAUCAUAGAUUUUUCAUACUAAUUACUAUUAAAUAACAUGAUAUGAAAAAUUAAAAUUAUGAACUAUAUUACAUGAAUCCUUAGGUUGAGCCAAUCUCAAGCUAAUUGAUAAAUCGAGCUCAAGCAGAACCCAACCCAGAUAAAAACUCGACUAGUCC